UCAAGGUCAUCCUCAGCUACAUAGGGAGUUUGAGGCCAGCCUGAGACCCUUCCUUCAAAAAGGUCUAGACAAGACUGGGCCAGAAGACCGAGAUAGAGAGGGAGGAGGUGGCUUUGAGAUGAGAGGGAUUCCACAUUUUACAUGAAAAGGGAGGCAAGGUUGUGUAGACAGAGAAAAAGACACCCUACCCCUCCAGUCCAAGAAAGACAGCCCGAGAUGAAGGAGAGGGUGUGGUCCUGCGUGAAAACAGCAAGGCUUAACUCAGCACCAGGUCAGUCCUGAGUUCAAGCCUUGCUGGUUAUGACCCUUAUGGGAGGAACUGAAGUGGCAAAUUAACCAGUAUAAUGAAGUCACUGCAUUUUGUUUGCCUUUGCUGGUUUCCCCUGGAGAUCUGUCCUCUGGCCAGACAGGGCAGUGUGGGGGAGGGGAAAGACAGCAGAGGUGAAGGGCAGGGGAAGGGUGCCAAAGAAGACAGAGAGAAGGAAACAAAACUCGGAGGACAGACACCAUGUGGAGGAGGAUGAAAAUGGAAGGCAGCCCAGAGAUGGAGGCAAGGAGACAGAAGAGGAGAGAGAAGAGGGGUGAACAAUGGAGACCAGGAGAGAGGAGUCCAGAGGAAAGCAGGGAAAAAAGAGGGAGCCGGAGAGGGUACUGGCUGUCACGCUGAAAUGAACCCUCAGCAGUCCUCCGUCUACCAUGGCUACCCUUAACUCAUCCUCUUCCUCCGGAACUGUUCCUUCCCCUGGGCACAAUGUUCCGUCACCACCUCCAGAGACCUCCUCCUCCAGCACCUCUGAUCCUGUCACCAAAGAUCCCCCUGAUUCCCCCUCCACCUCUGAGAGCAUAAGGUCCUCAGAGCCGGGGGAAAAGCGUCUGGAGUCAGGCAGUGACCUUGACCCACCAAAGGAGAUUGGAGAGCCCCAAGAAGAGCCUGGCUGUGGCCACAUCCCACCAAAGGACCUUGGGGUGGCAAAAGAGGGGGAAGAGAUCCUUCCUUUGGACCUCAGCAGCCACUUAUUCUUCGCAGCUGGAGGCCAGGCCUACCUACUGGCCAACCUGCCCCUGCCUGGGGGCAGUGAACUCUCGUUACCAAAGGGCUUCCCCUGGGAUGAGGCAAGCGCCAAGGAAGAGCCCAGCCUGCCCCUCCUCACCCACUUCCCCUCCUCACACCUUACCACCCUUCACAUCCAACAUGGCUUCGACCCAAUCCAAGGCUUUAGCUCUUCUGACCAAAUGUUGUCCCAUGAUACCUCAGCGCCGUCUCUGGCUGCCUGUGAGAGAAGGGAUGGAUCCUUCUGGAGCUACCAGCUGGUUCCAAACCCAACCGAAGAUCCCAAAGAUGGCCCCCUGGGGAGCCGACGGGGAGACCACAGGGCGAUGUUUUGGAUCUGCCUUCUCUGCCGCCUGGGUUUCGGCAGGCUCCAGACCUUUAUAGGUCACACACUUUCUCAUGGAGUGAAGCUAAGCCCUGCCCACCACCAGGGCCUGCUGGGCAGCCCAGCCGUACUUCAGGAGGGUCAUGAUGGCGGCAUGGCCCUCCUAAGCUUUCUGGAACCAAAAUUUCUUACCCGUCCUUCUCCCGAGGUACCGGACACCAGCACAGUGACUGUGACGACAAAUGGAGCCCAGGCUGAGGACGGCCCCCCAGAGGCAGAUGGUCAAGCCCUUGUUCUCCCCGCUGAAGAGGUUAUGGCCCUCAGCCCACCAUCCCCACCCACAGCCCUAGCCACCUGGGACCCCAGCCCAACCCAAGCCAAAGAUUCGCCAGUACCAAGAGGCGAGGCGGGGCCAGACUGGUUCCCUGAGGGGCAGGAAGAGGAUGGAGGGCUCUGCCUCCCGCUCAACCAAAGCUCACCCACCUCUAAGGAGGUGGCCGUGCUCCCAGCUCCAGCAGGCUCUCCCGAAGACACCAGUGACCCACCUCCGUCCUGUCGCCUGGCCGAUGACUACACUCCAGCCCCUGCAGCCUUCCAGGGCCUCAGCCUGUCCAGUCACAUGUCCCUGCUACACUCACGCAAUUCCUGCAAGACUCUUAAGUGUCCCAAGUGCAACUGGCACUACAAGUACCAGCAGACCCUGGACGUGCACAUGCGGGAGAAGCACCCCGAGAGCAACAGCCACUGCAGCUACUGUAGCGCCGGGGGCGCCCACCCCCGCCUGGCCCGCGGAGAGAGCUACAACUGCGGCUACAAGCCCUACCGCUGCGAUGUCUGCAACUACUCCACCACCACCAAAGGCAACCUCAGCAUCCACAUGCAGUCCGACAAGCACCUGGCCAACCUGCAGGGCUUCCAGGCAGGGCCUGGCGGGCAGGCGAGUCCCCCGGAGGCAUCCCUCCCACCCCCCUCUGUCGGGGAUAAAGAGCCCAAGACCAAGUCAUCCUGGCAGUGCAAAGUGUGCAGCUACGAAACCAACAUCUCCCGAAACCUGCGCAUCCACAUGACUUCUGAGAAACACAUGCAGAAUGUCCUGAUGUUGCACCAGGGGCUGCCACUUGGCCUGCCACCAGGGCUGGUGGGGCCAGGACCUCCUCCCCCACCAGGGGCUGCCCCCACCAACCCUCCUGAACUCUUCCAGUACUUUGGGCCCCAGGCCCUAGGACAGCCUCAGGCACCCAUGCCUGGGCCUGGGCUGAGACCAGACAAGCCCCUUGAAGCCCAGCUACUCCUCAAUGGUUUCCACCACCUUGGAGCGCCUGCCCGCAAGUUCCCCACAGCUGCCCCUGGCAGCCUCUCCCCUGAGACCCAUCUGCCACCAAGUCAGCUCCUGGGCUCCUCAUCUGAUGGGCUGCCCACUUCACCAUCCCCAGACGACAGCCCAGCCCUGAAGGUGUUCCGCUGCCUGGUGUGCCAGGCUUUCAGCACAGACAGCCUGGAGCUGCUGCUGUACCACUGCAGCAUUGGUCGGAGCCUGCCGGAGGCCGAAUGGAAGGAGGUAGCUGGGGAUACCCACCGCUGCAAGCUCUGCUGCUAUGGCACCCAGCUCAAGGCCAACUUCCAGCUCCACCUCAAGACGGACAAACAUACUCAGAAAUACCAGCUAGCAGCCCACCUCCGGGAGGGGGGCGGUGCCAUGGGCACCCCUUCCCCGCUGGCCCUGGGGGAUGGGGCUUCUUAUGGCUCCAUCUCCCCACUUCACCUGCGCUGCAACAUCUGUGACUUCGAGUCCAACAGCAAGGAGAAGAUGCAGCUGCACACCCGGGGUUCAGCCCACGAAGAAAACAGCCAGAUCUAUAAGUUUCUGCUGGAAAUGGAGGGAGCAGAGGCAGGGCCGGAGCCGGGGCUUUACCACUGCCUGUUGUGCGCCUGGGACACGCCCUCCCGCCUAGCCUUGCUGCAACACCUACGCACGCCUGCCCACCGCGACGCCCAGGCCCAGAGGCGGCUGCAGCUGCUGCAGAACGGCCCGGCCGCUGAAGAAGGACUCUCAGCUCUCCAGAGUAUUCUGAGCUUCAGCCAUGGGCGGCUUCAAACUCCUGGGAAGGCUUCUGACACCCCCUUAGCUCAACCACCCACCUCUGAGAAAGAUGCCCAGAACAAGACGGAACAACGGGCUUCUGAAGUGACAGAGGACAGAAGUGGCCCUCCCAGAGACAGUGCCAACCAGAUCACGGUCUUCUGCUGUCCCUACUGUAGCUUCCUGAGCCCAGAGUGUGACCAGGUGAGGGUCCAUACACUCUCCCAGCAUGCCGUGCAGCCCAAGUACAGGUGCCCACUCUGCCAGGAGCAGCUGGUGGGCCGGCCUGCCCUGCGCUUCCACCUCAGCCACCUUCACAACGUGGUGCCCGAGUGCGUCGAGAAGCUGCUGCUUGUGGCCACAACUGUAGAGAUGACCUUCCCAACCAAAAUGCUGCCUGGACCCACAUUAAACCCUGUGGAGGAUGGCCUAGACCACCCAGCUCCUGGAGCAGAGCCCACUCCCAACAGAGACCAGGUAGCAGAAAGCUCUAACCUGGCCCCAGAAGCCAGCCCAGAUCCUCCUCUCGAGCCUCCCCUGGCGCCAGUCGAGGGCCCCAGGGAGCCCUCAGAAAGCCCUGAUCAGCCGCCUUCUCCAGCCCCAUCUCCAGCCCCUCGGCUUGAUGCCCAGGUUGAAGAAUUGGCUCCUUUACCCACCAUGUCUGAAGAGGAAGAGGGAGCCAUGGGGGAGCCCCGCUCUGCAGAACCAACCCCAGCUGACUCCCGCCACCCUCUAACCUAUCGGAAGACCACAAACUUUGCCCUGGACAAGUUUCUUGACCCUGCUCGGCCCUAUAAGUGCACUGUGUGUAAGGAGUCCUUCACCCAGAAGAACAUCCUAUUGGUUCAUUAUAACUCCGUCUCCCACCUUCAUAAGAUGAAGAAGGCCGCCAUUGACCCAUCGGGCCCUGUCCGAGGCGAGGCGGGCAUCCCACCGCCCACUGCCACUGCAUCAGACAAGCCCUUUAAGUGCACAGUCUGCCGUGUGUCCUACAACCAGAGCUCCACGCUGGAGAUUCACAUGCGAUCAGUUCUGCACCAGACUCGCUCGAGGGGGGCCAAGACGGACGCCAGGGCGGAAGGAGCAGAGCGGGGCCAAGAAGAGUUCAAGGAAGGCGAGACUGAGGGCGAGGCGGGCACUGAGAAGAAAGGCCCUGACCCUGGUGGCUUCAUGUCUGGACUGCCUUUCCUGUCCCCACCACCCCCUCCUUUGGACCUACACCGAUUCUCAGCCCCUCUCUUCACCCCACCAGUCCUGCCCCCGUUCCCCCUGGUUCCAGAAUCACUACUCAAGCUCCAGCAACAACAGCUGCUUCUUCCCUUCUACCUCCAUGACCUCAAGGUGGGGCCCAAGCUGGCAUUGGCUAGCCCUACGCCCAUGCUGUCCCUGCCCGCUGCCAACCCGCCUCCUCUCCCUGCACCCCCCAAGGCUGAGCUGGCCGAGCAGGAAUGGGAACGGCCCCUCAUGGCUGAAGAGGGGACUGAAGCGGGGCCGUCUUCACCAACCCACACAUCACCCAAUGAAGCUGCCCGCACAGCCGCCAAAGCCCUUCUAGAAAAUUUUGGCUUUGAGUUAGUGAUUCAGUACAACGAAGGGAAGCAGGCAGUGCCCCCUCCCCCAACUCCUCCGCCUCCAGAGUCUCUGGGGGGCGGAGACAAGCUGGCCUGUGGGGCCUGUGGGAAACUCUUCUCCAACAUGCUCAUCCUCAAGACUCAUGAGGAGCAUGUUCACCGCCGCUUUCUGCCCUUUGAGGCUCUGAGCCGUUACGCCGCUCAGUUUCGAAAGAGCUAUGAUAGCCUAUACCCACCCCCAGUAGAGCCUCCCAAACCUCCAGACGGGUCCCUGGAGUCACCUCCCCAGCUAGGCCCACCUUUCGUGGUCCCAGAACCUGAAGUAGGGGGGAUCCACACUUCUGAAGAGCGGAGCCUGGCAGGAGGAGGACCCUGGCCCUCCGAGGAAGAAGAAGGUUCUAGAGGGAGUCUUCCUCCCGCAGUACCUGUGGGCCGCCGGUUCUCUAGAACCAAGUUUACAGAGUUCCAGACCCAGGCUCUGCAGUCUUUCUUUGAGACCAGUGCCUAUCCCAAGGAUGGGGAGGUGGAGCGCCUGGCAAGCCUCUUGGGUCUGGCUAGCCGCGUGGUGGUAGUGUGGUUCCAGAAUGCCCGCCAGAAAGCCCGUAAAAAUGCCUGUGAGGGUGGGCCUGUGACAGCCGGAGGAGCCUCUGGAGGGGCCUCUGGCUGCAGGCGCUGCCACGCCACCUUCGCCUGUGUUUUUGAGUUAGUUAAGCAUCUCAAGAAGUGCUAUGAUGACCAGCCUCCUGAGGAGGAGGAGGAGGAGGCAGAGAGGGGGGAAGAGGAGGAAGAGGUGGAGGAAGAGGAGGCGGAGGAACGGAACCUGGAACCUGCAGCAGCAAGACCUGGCGGCCCAUCACCAGAACAUGCGGAUGGGGAAGACUUGAGCCAAACAGAGCCAACAAGGCCAGAAAGCAAAGAGUCUGAAGGGAAGGCACCGCCCUCACCUCCGGUCUAUGCCUGUGACCAGUGUGCCGCUUCUUUCCCCAGCCAGGACCUCCUGACCACUCACCACCGACUCCAUUUGCUACCAUCUGUGCAGCCCAGCGCCCCGCCGCCGUCCCAGCUCCUAGAUCUGCCCUUGCUGGUGUUUGGGGAGAGGAACCCUGUAGUAUCGGGCACCUCAUCAGUGACCGGGACACCCCUCAAGCGGAAGCACGAUGAUGGCAGUCUGUCUCCCACAGGCAGUGAAGCAGGGGGCGGAGGAGAGGGUGAACCCCCCAAAGACAAACGCCUGCGCACUACCAUCCUGCCUGAGCAGCUGGAGAUCCUGUACCGCUGGUACAUGCAGGACUCCAACCCCACACGGAAGAUGCUCGACUGUAUCUCUGAGGAAGUGGGGCUCAAAAAACGAGUAGUACAGGUCUGGUUCCAGAAUACCAGAGCCCGGGAGAGGAAAGGUCAGUUUCGAAGCACUCCUGGGGGAGUUGCCGGUCCAGCAGUCAAGCCCACUGUACCGCCCUCCCCAGCUCCCUUCCCCAAAUUCAACCUCCUGUUGAGCAAGAUUGAAGACGAAACGGGGAAGGAAGCCCCAAAGAGAGAUGCACCUGCCUUUCCCUACCCCACAGUCACCCCUGCUGUUGGGCCUCUGCCAUUCCUACCACCUGGGAAAGAGGCCGCUGCACCAACACCAGAGCCCCCUCCACCCAUCCCGCCCCCAGCACUCAGUGAGGAUGAGGGUCCAGAGGAACCAUCUAAAGCGUCUCCAGAAAGCGAGGCUUGCAGUCCAUCGGCAGGAGACCUAAGUGAUUCAUCUGCUUCCAGCCUGGCUGAACCAGAAUCCCCUGGGGCCGGGGGGACCAGUGGGGGACCAGGCGGUGGGACCGGAGUUCCAGAUAGCAUGGGGCAGCGUAGAUAUCGGACCCAAAUGAGCAGCCUUCAGCUGAAGAUCAUGAAAGCCUGCUAUGAAGCCUACCGCACCCCUACUAUGCAGGAGUGUGAGGUCCUCGGGGAGGAAAUUGGACUGCCCAAGAGAGUCAUUCAGGUCUGGUUCCAGAAUGCCCGUGCCAAGGAAAAAAAAGCCAAACUGCAGGGAACAGCACCACCAGGGAGUGGGGGCAGCAGUGAGGGCACCUCGGCAGCCCAGCGCACCGACUGUCCCUACUGUGACGUUAAGUAUGACUUCUACGUCUCCUGCAGAGGCCACCUCUUCUCUCGGCAGCACCUUGCCAAGCUCAAGGAGGCAGUCCGAGCCCAGCUGAAGAGCGAAAGCAAAUGCUAUGACUUAGCUCCCGCACCCGAGACCCCACUGGCCCCCAAAGGUCCACCUGCCACCACACCUGCCUCCUCCGUGCCCUUGGGAGCUUCCCCAACCUUGCCUCGCCUGGCUCCAGUCCUCUUGCCUGGCCCAACUCUGGCCCAGCCACCACUUGGAAGCAUAGCUUCUUUCAAUUCAGGCCCUGCAGCCUCCUCAGGCCUUCUUGGCCUUGCCACUUCGGUCCUGCCUGCUACCACAGUGGUCCAGACUGCUGGUCCAGGCCGCCCCUUACCUCAGAGACCUGUAUCUAACCAAACCAACAGUUCUACUGACCCUACCCCUGGCCCAGCUACUGAGCCCUCAGGAGACAAAGUCUCUGGUGAGCGAAAGCCAGUUGCAACCCUUCCCAACUCCUCCACUGAUGCCCUCAAGAACCUGAAAGCAUUGAAAGCCACUGUCCCAGCCCUGUUGGGGGGCCAAUUCCUGCCCUUCCCAUUGCCCCCUGCAGGCGGGGCAGCACCACCAGCUGUCUUUGGUCCUCAGUUACAGGGGGCGUACUUCCAACAGCUUUACGGCAUGAAGAAGGGGCUAUUUCCCAUGAACCCGGUGAUACCUCAGACCCUUAUUGGGCUGCUCCCCAAUGCCCUCCUCCAGCAACCACCCCAAGCCCCCGAGCCUACAGCCACAGCCCCUCCAAAGCCCCCCGAGCUGCCGGCCCCGGGGGAAGGGGAAAGUAGUGAGGCUGAUGAGCUGCUGACAGGCAGCACUGGCAUCUCCACCGUGGAUGUGACUCACCGCUACUUGUGCCGCCAGUGCAAGAUGGCAUUUGACGGCGAGGCCCCAGCUACUGCCCACCAGAGAUCCUUCUGCUUCUUUGGGCGGGGCUCUGGGGGCUCCAUGCCCGCCCCAUUGCGGGUGCCUAUCUGCACCUACCACUGCCUGGCCUGCGAGGUGCUGCUGAGUGGGCGUGAAGCCCUAGCCUCCCAUCUGCGCUCCUCAGCUCACAGGCGCAAGGCAGCCCCGCCCCCAGGAGGCCCUCCCAUCACCGUUACCAACAGCGCCACUGCUGUCCCGGCUGCUGUGGCUUUUGCCAAAGAGGAAGCAAGAUUACCUCACACGGACCCCAACCCAAAAACUACUACUACCUCUACACUUCUAGCUUUAUAAACAGAUAAACCAAGAUGGGGACAAGAGAGGGCCUCAGGGUUCCCUCACCCCAACCUUCAGCUCUGCCCACCUCAUGGGAGUCUGUCAAUUCCCACCUUCUGUGGGCUUCACACACCCCACCUCCAGCAGAGUCCUGCCUCCUCCCCGCCCCACAAACACUCUGACCCUCAUUCUCAGCCCUUGCAGAUACACCCCGACUCUGGCAUACAUGUCUGCUUUGUUCCCUCAUUUUCCCCAUUGAAUUCCCAGCCCUCUUCCUUCCCUUGUAAACACAUACCUUUUCCAUAUUACUAUAUUGACUGAGAAAACACCAAAAGAAAGAAAAGAAAAGAAAACCCAAGGCAAAAAAGGGGGGGGGUGGAAAAUCAACUUUGCCACCCCCUUCUUCCUGUCCCUUGUCCAGAGCACAGACCGCUCACAAACUCCAAAAACCCAGUUGGUUCCUAUGGUUGGAGCCUGGGGUGGGCAAGAAGCCCAUAAAACUAACCAAACCGGAGGCUGGGGGGUGGGGAGAAGCACCCCUGCUCGCCCUCCCAGCUCCCCUCCCUCCUGCCCUCUCCUUACCUGGUGGGACCCCUAGCAGCCUGGACUCCUGGGAAGCGGCUGCCAGAAAGCCCUCUACCAACCCACACCCCUCCCCUGGAAACUGCAGUAACUUUUUUUUCUCAAAGGCUUUAAACACAGAGGCCCUCUCAGCAGCCAUGGGCCUGCCCCUCGCCCUAACCUUGCCAAGGGCAGUCCAGCCUCCGGGGAUCAGCGUUGCCCACCAAUGGCAAAUCCAAAGUUCUU